CUCAAUUCCUUUACAGUGAUUAGAAAAUCAGAGUAUGUGGCAAAGACUCAAUUCCUUUGGUAAACCUAUUUUUAUCCGUAGGACUGCAUGAUAUAUUGAUUAGUACUUCAUGGAAGGAUUAAUUAUACAAACGUUCCGACCUCCAUGGUUAACAAUCUAUUAAUGAUUAAACAUUGUUUAUUGGUUCUAAAUUUAAAAUAAUUCAGAUUUUGCUUAGUUUUAUGUAGAACUGAUAAGAAGAAAAACAGCAGUUUUUUGGAGGGCCGCCAUAAAAAAAACUUAAACAUACAAUUCAAAACAAAAAAAAUUUCAAUUUGCAAAAUGGUUGUCUUGUUGAGUCCGGAUCUGACCGUAUUGAAUUUCUGGAUGUAGUCUGGCUCCUAACCAUGCUGUCACUGGUUGUGAACGUGAACACCUUGAAUACUUUCUUGUCUCAGCUGAAUAAUGGUUCCUUUGUGGCCCCUUUUCCUCUUUUUAGCCUCAUUUUCUGUUUCUCCUGUAAGUAUUAAGAUUUAUAAGGACAAACUUAUACCCUUUCCUACUUUAGAUCAAGUAUAAUGAUGUUUUUAUGUUUAGUAAUGACCCAACAGCAGCCAUGAUACUUUAGUUAAAUUGAACGAAAUUUAGUUUUCAUAGUCUCAUCCUGAAAUAUACUUUGUGGCUGAACCAGAUCUUUAUUCAUCUGAGCAGCUAUUAUCAUUUUCUUCUUCAUACUGGUUUUUGUUGAACUAAAAAAAACUCUUUCCAUCUUUCCACUUCAGCUCUGUUUAUCGUUUUUUUUGCAUGGGACAGAAAUUUAAACAUUUUUUAAAACUUCUUCUUAAUAUCUAUUUAGACUUACUGAGGUAUAGUUUGUUAUAUUUAGUUAGUUAGAAAAGGUUAAAUUACGUUUUUCUUCUUAAAUGUUGUUUAAAUUAAGAAAACCUAACCCUGGCCAUUUCUUCCUGUAAAUAUAGUCCUCGACGCCUUAUCUCUGCCUUUCCAAUCAAUCAUGAAUUUGAUCUUUUUGAGACCCGAUUGAAUAUGCAUUAUCACAUCGUCGACAUAUUUUUUGUUCAAGAAUCAAGUUUUUCAAACUCUGGAGGUAACAAGCCUCUUCUAUUGUUGGAGAAACUACAGUGCGGCUGGCUGAACCAGUUUCAGGACAAGCUCAUCUACAUCUUCAGAAACGAUACACCAACAGAGGGAUUUGAAAACGGGGUUUUAGCAGAUGCUGAUAUGAGACGCUUCAUUAGCAGAGAAGGUCUUAAUCUCGUUCCAGGCAUUGAAAAAGAUGACCUUUUCAUUUAUAACGAUGGAGAUGAGCUAAUUUCGAGUGAGAUCCUUUUAUUUCUAAAGCUUUAUGACGGAAUUCCAAAUAUUAUCGCUAUCAAGUACAUCUGGGCUAUCUACGGUUUUUUUUGGCGCAUACAGGAAUUUGUUUUCCCACAUCAAAAGCACUUCGAGCCUGCUGUUUUGACGAUGCAGUUUUUUAGAGAUUUCUACAACUGCGAUGCAUCUCAGAUACGUUCUGCAAACUACCUGGUACAAACGACUAAGGUUGAAUUAUACAAGAAACAGAAGAAAGAAAUCGGUCCACUUAAUGUAAUAAAUGGCGGAUGGCAUUGCAGCUGGUGUUUUACACCGCAAGGAAUCAGACAAAAACUUAUUGAUGCUCCCAAAUCUGAUUAUCCGAGAUUUGGUGAUUUUCCUGGUAAAACCGACGUAAGUUAUAUUCGGAAGUUAAUUAAAGAAGGAGUAUACUUUGACCUUUCCAGAUUUAGAAACACAUCCGAAAUAAGUCUAAGUCAGGAUCCUGCAUAUGCUCCCCCUUUUAUAAUUCAGAACAAGGAGAGAUUUCAUUACUUGCUUCUAAACCCAUACACAAUAACUGGAAAACCACAAUUCACAACUGCUAACACAAAUGGGUCUUUCCAGAUCCAAACCAAUUCAUAAAAUCUAUCUUUUGUAUAUAUAUAUCAUUAUAGUUUACAAGAAUUCUUCUAUUUCAUCUCAUGAUUCUUCUGUGUUCUUAAUCAUCUUCUUUCAUUUAAAGGGACUGUAAGGGAAAAAUGAAAGGGGGUAUAAGCUGAAAGCUAAUCACUUUAGCUCUUGAU